AUGGCUGGCGCCGGUGCACAGGUUAAUGGCGACGCGGCACUAAGGCUUCCACCAGUUGGCGACGUGAUAGCGCUCUCAGACCUUGUGCAGCAGAUCAGCAACCUGGGCGAUCCUGUUGCCAUCAUCACCUUUGACCGCACCACCAAGCGCAGCCUGCGCUCUCACCGCGUCAGUCCCCACCUGGUGAUGGACAUCAACAUGGAAGCCAUGUUUGCCGGAGGCGUGGUUUCGCCGCCGUGCAUGACGAACACUUCCUGCGGGGAACAGUCCCUGGAGCCACUGGGCCACCUGUCGCCGCAGGCCGUUCUGCACCUGCUGCAGAGGCAUUACUGUAACGCCGAAGCAAUUCGGCUGGCGGUGCACUGCACCAACCCCGCGUUGCAAUCCCUGUUGGGUUGCCCGGGGGAAGGGGACUACGAGGGGCUGCUGGGGGAGCUGCUGUCCACGGAGCACAUGAUGCGGGCGGUGCUGCACGACUGCUGCCUGUGCAUGCUGGAGGGAGUGGGGGCUGCAAAUGCACAGCUGAUGGUGCACCACCCUAUCCGCAGCACCGCCUCCAGGAUGGUGCUGCCGGUGAUGGUGCAGCCGCUGCUGGUGUGGCGGCGCUCUCCCGGGGCACCCGCCACCGCGGCUGAGGUGCCCACCAUGGCAGUGGUGGUGCGGUACACGCUAUCCGCGGGGCUGCACGACGCGCUGCAGCAGCUGCAUCGUGUGUAUGUAAUGCUGUCGAGCCUCUCAGGCAUUGUAACGCUGUUCACGCUACGGGGCCUGGUCCUGCACCAGAACGCGGCGUCUGUUAGGUACAUGGGCUUGCGGACGGCUCUGGGCCCGGAGGCAAUCGGCCUCGCCAACGCCACCAACGCGGGUGCCGGGGGCGGCGGCGGCGGCGGCGGCGGCACCGACAUCCAGCAAUCCGCCGACCUGACUGAUGCCAGCGGGCUGGCGCUGGGCAGCCUGCUGCGGCAGAUCUUCGCCCUCAGCUCCGAGCAGCUGGACGACAUGCUUGAGGACGUGGUGGAGGGCAAGACGUGGAAAGGCAUCGUGCGGGUGCCGCCGCUGCUGACGCCCACAACGGAUCCGGGGCCCGUACAGGCGGCGGUGCUCGUGGCGCGCGGCAUGAGCGCCAUGACGGGCGGGCCCACUCCCAACGGCUCCAACGCACAGGUGAUGUCCACGUGGGAGCGACUGGGGCCCGUGUUGAUGAGCACCCAGCCGGGGGUGCGUUGCUCUGUGGCUCAAAACGGUAACCAGAGCGACGCCGAGGGCCACAGCGAUAUGGUCGGGGCACUCAUGCUGACCCAGGAGGCGGAUAAGAGCCUGGGCGGGCCCGUGGACGCGGCGGCUGCGGCGGGGUCUACGAUUACGGGCUCCACCGCGGGGGGGACGAUCAUGGCGCUGCCGGGCACGACGGCCUCGGUGCUGCGGACGAACGCCAGCACGCUGGGGGCCGGCGGCGGCGGCGGCGACAGGAAUGUGAACAGCGGAGGCGGGGGAGGCGGGGAUACGGGGAGCACCCCGGGUAGCUGCUUGUUCCUGGCGAUGGGGAGUACCAGCGGUACGACAUUCAGCAGGAUGAAUGCUGGCUCACAUCUGGGGACGCAGAACUCCUUCCUCCGCAUGGGCGUCCACCAGCGCACUCUUAUGAGCCGGCUGAGCUCCAACGAUCUGCCAGAGGGCGGAUCCCUGGCCACAGCGCUGUCCAUGCCGGGGCCUGGAGGAGGUGGCGGCAGCGGCCGCAGCGGUGGCAACGGCGGCAUUGGCGGCGGCUCCGGGAUGAUGUCCACGGGCGCCACCGUCGGCAGCACCGCCGCCGCCGGCAAGUCGAGCGGCAACGGCGGCUCCACGGCAGGUUCCUUGUACGUCGCCUCCAAAUUGUCAGGCUCCGCGCCCGUGGUGCCGUCCAAUUCGCGAGCGCAAUCGGCGGUGCGGAUCGCCGGCACAAGCCUGCUGCGCACGUUGAUGGAAAACGGCACGUCCAUUAUGAGCGAGAUGGACCGGGCAUCCAACAGUAUUGGGUAUCUGAGCGGGCUGGCGGGGCCGACCGGCACAGGUAGCGGCGGCCUGCCUGAGGACGGUCUGCAGCGCCGGCAGCAGCAGCAGCCGGGACUGACGGACGCUGCGCGGCGGUCCAUUGUACGGCGCCGAAGCGCGCUGAAGCUGGUGCCGUCACCCUCUGACGACAACCCGUUAUCCACGUCAACAUGGGGCCUGUUUGAGAGCUCCCGAGUGCGAGGGGAAUCCAAGUCAUUCACGCUCCGCCGUACCAACAGCCCCUCUGCGCCCAACGGCAUCAAGCGCGUCGGCACCGACCGUACCCUGGAGCAUAUGAAGGCGGCGCCAUCGCACACGGAGCCGCAGACUGGCAGCGCCGCCGCCGUCGCCUCCACCGUCACCGCCGGCAGCCUUACCUCCGGUGGCGGCGGGGCUAAGAAGCGGCCGCCUAGCCGGCUCAUGUCCUUCCUCGCUAACAAGAACAUCGGUGGGGCCCCGACAGCCGCGAGUCACUCGGCUAGAUCAAUAACAACAACGGGUGGCGGCAACGUUUGGUCGACAUCUGUGGUGGGGGAAGGCGGCUCGGCGCACGACGGCGGCGGCGCCGCGGCUGGCGGGGGCGGCGGCGGCGGCGGCCCAAGCUCGUUCAAGGGCGUCUGUUCGACAACCGAACUGGAGAUCGGCAGCCGGCAGGGGUCAUCCUUGGGGCGAAGCGGCCUGUCAACACUGGCGGUGCAGCAGCACCUCGCGUCCAAUGCGGCCAUGUUGGAGACGGCGGCCCAGAACGGCAGUGCGAACAACGCCACCGCCGCCGCCUCUGCGUCCGCCCGCGCCGGAUCACCGCGGCGGCCGCCCGCUCGCCGUGUUAUGCGGCCAGCGAUUGCAGACGUGGCGGAGGAGAGCGGUGCGGAGUGCAGCGGUCGGUUGCCGCUGAUGGUGGCGGCGGCGCGGGAGAGCGGCGUGAGCACCGCAGCGGGCCCCCCGGCGGUGCUGCCGCAGCUGUCGGCAGUAAUGCAGGCGUCGCGGGCGUCGACGGCGUCGCAGGUCCCUGGUCGGGAGAUGACACACCCCUCCUACGGCGGUGGCUCGCAGGAUCGAGCCUCUUGCAGCUGCGAUGAUGACGAAGACUGCUGGCAUGAGAUUACGGCAUCAACACUUCGAGAUCCUGUCAGCGGCGAACAGGCGCUAUUGCUCAUGCAGGUGGACGUGUCCGCCCGGGUCCGAGCGGAGCGGCGAAUAGCUGAGGUGUUGGAGGCGGAACAUAAGCUCCUGGAGAGCGUGUUUCCCAGGCACGUUUUGGAGCUUGCCGCCACGCAGCACCCCAAGAACGGCGCGGGUCGUCAAGGGCUGGGAGCUAUGAGCAAGUUCAGCCUGGCCGAGCUGCCUCUCGUUCAGAACUGCGCCUCCGUGGCCACAUACCACCCCAUGGUCACAAUCCUCUUCAGUGACAUUGUCGGCUUCACCAGCAUGUGCCACGAGAUCCCCGCCACCAAGGUCAUGGAGUUCCUGAACAACCUCUACUCGCGAUUGGGGGGGGCGCUGUCCUGGUACGUGGUGGUGGCGGUACGUGGUGGUGGCGGUACGUGGUGGUGGCGGUACGUGGUGGUGGCGGUACGUGGUGGCACCUUACAGGCAUGUAGGGAUGAAAGCGGGGACACGCUUCUGGAUGUGUACGGUGUGUACAAGGUAUCUUUACUCGUUCGCGACUGCUACAUGGUGGCGGGGGGCCUCAUGACCCGGGACGCCGACGGCUUCAUGACGGUGCGAGGUAGCGACAGCACGGACGAGCUGCACGCCGCCAAGGUCAUGUCAUUUGCAAAGGCCAUGCUGCGUGAGACAUCGGAGGUGCUGCUGCCCACCACUGGCCAGCCAGUGCAGAUGCGAAUAGGGGAGCGGGGCUGGUCGCUGGCCUACCUGGAUGGGAUGGGGAGGUGGCUGAAUGCGAACGAGGCGGCCUGGGCGCCCAAAUGGCCGUGCUACAUGCACCUGUCUAUGUGGGAGGGGACUACCUUGCUAGUGCUGGUGCUAGUGCUGGUGCUAGUGCUGGUGCUAGUGCUGGUGCUAGUGCUGGUGCUAGUGCUGGUGCUAGUGCUGGUGCUAGUGCUGGUGCUAGUGCUGGUGCUAGUGCUGGUGCUGGUGCUGGUGCUGGUGCUAGUGCUGGUGCUAGUGCUGGUGCUAGUGCUGGUGCUGGUGCUGGUGCUAGUGCUGGUGCCAGUGCUGGUGCUAGUGCUGGUGCUAGUGCUGGUGCCAGUGCUGGUGCUGCUGAUAAUGGUGAUGGUGCUGCAUGCCAUCGGUGCCGCUGUCAGCCACGUUACUUCAUCAACUGCCUAUUGGGAACGAAGCGGCCUGCACUCGGGCCCCGUCAUGAGCGGCAUUGUGGGCUCCAAGAUGCCCCGGUUCUGCCUCUUCGGGGACACGGUGAACACCGCUAGCCGCAUGGAGAGCACGUGUCCGCCCGGUUGCAUCCACGUCAGCGGAGCCACCCGGGAGUUCCUGCUGGACGAGGACUGGGAGCCCACCGGGGGAGUGAUGGUGAAGGGCAAGGGCGUCAUGGAGACGUUCCGCUGGGUCCCGCUGGAUGCGGAGACCUCACCGCAGAUUCGAGCUACGGGCUCGCAGCGCCACAACCGCCCCCGCCGCGCCUCUUCCAUCGCCUACAUCCACACCGGAUGCGGUGGCGGCGUCGGCGUCGGUGUCGGCGUCGGCGGUGGCGGUGGCUGGACCUUUGGCGUCGGCGGCACUGGCGGCCCCAGCCGCGACGGCUCCGGAAGCAUCAGCCUGGCGCAACAGGCCGCGCAAACCGUCGGGUCGGGACCCAUGGGUCUGACUAGCGCAACCGGCUCCUGCGGCAUGAACAGCGCCGCUAGCAAUGCCGUACACUUUAGUGCUCAAGGUGGUUGCGCCUGGCCGUACACUGGCCCCGCCAAGGGCCACCGGGCUGCCUCCGCCAGCAUCGCCUUCAUGGGGACGGCGACUGGCUCUGCGGCGGGUCAAGGGCCGGGGACCCCGAUGGGGGCCACGGCAGCGGCGGCGGAUGCGGCAGCGGCAGCGGCAGCGGCGGCCGUGGCGGUAACGCCCGCAGCGACACCCGCGGGGCCUGGCCCGACCCGCUUGAGGGUGAGGGUGAGGGUGAAGGAGGGGCAGAGGGUGAAGGAGAGGGGAGCACAAUUGCGCAUCAGCACCACCAUCACCGCCAACGCCACACGAGGGGAGAUUUUGGGAUUUUCAGGGCGCGCGACUUCGAAGGUUACUUAUUCAUGA